AUGAACGGGUCGGGGCGGCUGCCGGCCGGGCCCGCGGAGCAGCUGGGCGCGAACGGCAGCGGCCCCGCGGAGCUGCGGGAGGGCACCCACGCCGCCACACUGGCCGCCUGCGCCUCCCUGCUGGCCCUCGUCUUCUGCCUCGGCUCCUACGGCAACCUCAUCGUGCUGCUCUCCUUCUUCGACCCGGCGCUCCGGAAAUUCCGCACCGACUUCGACUUCAUGAUCCUCAACCUCUCCUUCUGCGACCUCUUCAUCUGCGGCGUGGCCGCUCCCAUGUUCGCCUUCGUCCUGUUCUUCGGCCCGGCCCGCGGCGUGCCCGGCACCUUCUGCUUCACCUUCCACCUCACCAGCUCCGGCUUCAUCAUCAUGUCGCUCAAGACGGUGGCGGUGAUCGCGCUGCACCGGCUGCGCAUGGUGCUGGGCAAGCACCCGCACCGCGCCGCCUCGGCGCCCUGCUCGCUGCUGCUCACGCUGCUGCUCUGGGCCGCCAGCUUCACCCUGGCCACGCUGGCCACGCUGCGCACCCGCGGCUCCCGCCUCUGCCUGCCCGUGGCCAGCCUGCCCAGAGGACAGGGCAAGCUCAUCCUCUACCUCUACGUCAGCGACUUCAUCUGCUGCGUGGCCGUCGUGUCCGUGUCCUACGUGAUGAUCGCCCAGGCCCUGCGCAGGAACGCGCGGGUGAGGAAGUGCCCGCCCGCGGUGGCCGUGGGCACCCCCAGGGCUCCGUCCUUCGCGGGGCCGGGGGCCGUGCCCGCCCUGUACAGGACCCAGAGCUGCACCAAGCCACCCCACGGCCGUGCCAAGCUCGCCGGCCGGCUCCCGCUGGCCUCGGCCGUCAACCUGGCCACGGCCAAGGACUCCAAGGCGGUGGUGACGUGCGUGGUCAUCGUGCUCUCCGUCCUGGUGUGCUGCCUGCCCCUGGCUAUCUCCUUGGUGCAGGACGUGCAGUCCGGCAGCGGUGGCUUUGUGCUCUACCAGUUUGAGCUGUGCGGGUUUACCCUCAUUUUUUUCAAGUCGGGAUUAAAUCCCUUUAUAUAUUCCCGCAACAGCGCGGGGCUGCGGAGACGCGUGCUCUGGUGCCUGCAGUACGUGGCCCUGGUCUUUUUCUGCUGCAAGCACAAGACGAGGCUUCGAGCCGUGGGCAAAGGCAGCCUGGAGGUCAACAGGAACAAGUCGUCCCACCACGAGACCAACUCAGCCUACGUGUUGUCUCCAAAGCUUCAGAAGAAGGGUUUGGAGCAGGCGUGCGGUGCCAGCCACUCCAAGGACAGCGUGCUGAGUCCCAAGGCGUCCGCGGGGCAGCAGCACUACGGGCAGAGCAGCUCCACCCCGAUGAACACGCGGAUCGAGCCCUACUACAGCGUGUACAACAGCAGCCCCUCGGCGGAGGUGAGCACCCCGCACAGCCUGCAGCCCGCGGGCUCCGCCUUCGCCUUUGCCAAGCCGUGCGGGCCCGCGCUCCAUCCCUCCGGCAGCGCGGCGCGGGACUGCGGCGCUGCUCCCGCCAGGCUCGGGCCGCUGCCCUCCGUGUAG